CUUUUAAGGUUCUUCGCCGUCUUUGGGUGAGGCACAGUUUUCCUUGCUGAGAAAAUUUGGUGUUUGCAUUAAAGUUUGGAGCUUUUCACUGUGCGGCUAAAGUUUCGGUUUUUGUUGAGAGACGCAAUUACUUCAGGAAGCAUAUAAAAAGCUCUGUCUGCAAGUUCUCCUAAUGGCGAUUUUCAUAGCCCAUUCAUGUCAAGGAGAAAAGAUCUGUGCUUGAUUUUCUUCAAUCCUUUGACUCGAAAUAGACAACUCAGAAACAAGAUCUACAAGGAUUUAGAGCAGAAUUAAGAACAAUGUUGCCUCAGAAGCAAGCAGAAGAAGCAAUAGUCUCCAACAACAUAAUCGAGAUGGAGCUAGAGACCAGGGAAGAAGAAGAUAAAGAGCAAGACGAAGACCAACAGCAAUCAUUGUUUAGUGUUAAAAACUUCUUCUGGCACGGCGGCUCAGCUUGGGAUGCCUGGUUCAGCUGCGCUUCCAAUCAAGUAGCACAAGUGCUGUUGACACUGCCCUCUUCUUUCUCUCAACUGGGUAUGCUGUCGGGUAUUCUCCUCCAGAUAUUCUAUGGACUGUUAGGAAGCUGGACUGCUUAUCUCAUCAGUGUGCUCUACAUAGAGUACAGAAGCAGGAAAGAGAAGGAGAACGUCAGCUUCAAGAACCAUGUCAUCCAGUGGUUUGAAGUGCUCGAUGGCCUAUUGGGUCCUUACUGGAAGGCAGCUGGACUUGCAUUCAACUGUACCUUCCUCUUAUUCGGAUCAGUCAUACAACUCAUAGCUUGUGCAAGUAAUAUUUAUUACAUCAACGACAAAUUGGACAAGAGGACAUGGACGUAUAUUUUUGGAGCUUGCUGUGCAACCACCGUUUUCAUUCCUUCAUUCCACAACUACCGCAUUUGGUCUUUUCUAGGUCUGGGGAUGACCACCUACACCGCCUGGUACUUGGCCAUCGCCGCCUGGGCUCACGGCCAGGUUGAUGGUGUAACGCACAGUGGUCCGACAAAGUUGGUGCUUUACUUCACCGGAGCCACCAACAUUCUCUACACCUUCGGGGGACAUGCUGUGACUGUGGAAAUCAUGCAUGCAAUGUGGAAGCCUCAAAAGUUCAAGUACAUAUACUUAUUCGCCACAUUAUACGUAUUUACCCUAACCCUUCCGUCUGCUUCCGCCGUCUACUGGGCAUUCGGGGACCAGCUUCUCAAUCACUCCAACGCCUUCUCUCUCCUCCCCAAGACGGGUUUCCGUGACGCCGCCGUUAUCUUAAUGCUUAUUCACCAGUUCAUAACAUUCGGGUUCGCAUGCACUCCGUUGUACUUCGUGUGGGAGAAGGUGAUCGGAAUGCACGACACGAAAAGCAUAUGUUUGAGGGCACUGGCGAGGCUGCCGGUCGUGAUCCCGAUCUGGUUCCUUGCCAUCAUCUUCCCAUUCUUCGGCCCCAUAAACUCCGCCGUCGGUGCUCUUUUGGUUAGCUUCACCGUCUACAUCAUCCCGGCGUUAGCCCAUAUGCUCACCUACAGAAAAGCCUCCGCUCGACAGAAUGCAGCAGAAAAGCCUCCGUUCUUCAUGCCAAGCUGGAAUGCAAUGUAUGCAUUCAAUGCCUUCGUUGUGGUGUGGGUUCUUGUGGUCGGGUUCGGGUUCGGUGGAUGGGCUAGCAUGACCAACUUCGUCAACCAAAUCGACAAUUUCGGCUUGUUCGCCAAGUGCUAUCAGUGCAAGCCUCCACCGCCGGCGAGAGCCGCGACACAACACCAUUGAACCCAGACAUAAAUACAACAAACCAAAACAAAUAUAUAUUUGUGUGUGUGAUGAAUUCCCUCCAUAUCUUGUAUCAUAUACAUGGGGAAGAUAUCAAUGUCUCCCCUACAUGUGAUGUGUGCCGGAUUUUGCCUCUAUUUUCCUCUCUCCCUUCUAUUAAAUUAGUAAAUUAAAAGAAUAGUGUGUUGGACUGUGAUGA